AUGGAUAGGAGGAUAAGAUACAGUGGAGGAAUGUCAGUAUUGCUUUGGUGCAAGAACAUAACACUAUUACUAUUAAUUGGAGAGGGUUGCAGUGCCAAUACAGAUUGUAAAACAUUAUCUACCUGUGAAAUGGUAUGUGAUACCAGAGGACCUUUGUAUAGAUGCAACGGAAGUGGUCUUAUAGAAGUGCCAAACUUCCCUGAGUCAACACUAGAGCUAGACAUACGUGGGAACACUUUGACGAAUUUGCUACUUAAUGUGUUCUACUCUAUUGUUGAUAUAGAACAAUUAGAUUUAUCAAACAACAAACUUAUUAGCGUACAUGAUGCUAUUUUCUCGAAAAAUGUUGCAUUGGAAUUAUUGGAUUUAUCUAACAACCACCUAACUAGCGUGUCGGUAGCCUUUGUCAGUAAUAAUGUGGCAUUGAAACAUCUGUCCGUAUCGAACAACAAUCUUACAAGGUUACCUGAUGAUGUUUUCAUGAACAAUGUGAUGUUGAAAUCUUUGGAGUUAUCCAACAACAAACUUUCAAGCAUACCUGAUGCUGUUUUCAGUAACAAUGUGAAAUUGCAAUCUUUAAGUUUAGCUAACAACUAUUUAACCAGCAUACCUAAAGAUGUUUUCAAGAACAAUGUGGCAUUGGUAUAUGUGAGUUUAUCGAACAACAAUCUAACUAGAGUACCUGAUGCUGUUUUCAUGAACAAUGAGGCACUGACACAUUUGGUUUUAUCGAACAACAACAUAACAAGCGUACCUGACGGUGUUUUAGAGAACAACAGGACAUUAACAAAUAUAUAUUGCAAAGAAUGUUUUGACUGUGACUGCUUGUAUGCUUCAACCUAUCAAUGGAUAACUACAAUUGUAAAGGACUUACAGGCAUACGAGUUAACAUGCCGUAACGGAGAAGCUCUCCCUGACACUAUUGUCAAAUGCACAGACGAUGGAUCACAUUUAGCAGUUGACAUUAUAGAAAAUGAAACAUUGUGUUAUUGCAAAAACUCUACUUCAAUGAAAGAAUCCUCUAUGGAUUCAACGACUGAAACAACCCCGCCUAUAGAAUCAACAAUUGAAAAGGUCCAGCGUAAUACCAAGACCGAUGGCAAGUCACAUUAA